AUGUAUGCAAUUGCUGCGAUUGCGAUGGCAGAGAUCGCAAUUGUCAUGUAUGCGAUUGCUGCGAGUGCGAUCGUCAGGCAUGCGAUUGCUGCGAUUGCGAUUGUCAGGUCUGCGAUUGCUGCGAUUGCGAUUGUCAGGUCUGCGAUUGCUGCGAUUGCGAUCGUCAGGCAUGCGAUUGCUGCGAUUGCGAUUGUCAGGUCUGCGAUUGCUGCGAUUGCGAUUGUCAGGUCUGCGAUUGCUGCGAUUGCGAUUGUCAGGCCACAGUUUGAUUUCGGUUUGAGGUGGCUGUUGCUGAGGCCCGAUCCGCUAACACUAUUCAUGAUCUGUAUCGGGUUGAAUUUUAGCUUUUGA